AUGCACUCCUCGCCGCAAAACCAAGAGACCCAAACGUCACGGCCACGGCCUGGUCGCAGGUCGAUGGAUAACGCCCCGAACACCCUCCUCGAUCGCAACCAAGACCACGAAACCACCACACAGCCGCCCUAUGGCGAAUUCAUGACCCUUUUCUCCAAGACGAUCGCCGAGCGCACCGCCCCCGGCCAGCGCCAGUCCGUCGAAGAGCAGGACUACACGUUCCACGCUCUCGGCCGCAGCGAGGGCAUCUGCGGCAUCAUCAUCUCCGACCACCAAUACCCCAGCCUCGUAGCCCACCAGCUCCUCUCCAAGGUCGUCGACGAAUUCCUAGCCAAGCACCCCCGCUCCACCUGGUCCGCCGGCAACCCGACCCUCGCCUUCCCCGAGCUCAAGGACUACCUGUCCAAGUACCAGGACCCCCAGCAGGCCGACAGCAUUCUCAAGAUCCAGAAGGAGCUCGACGAGACCAAGAUUGUCCUGCACAAGACCAUCGAGUCCGUCCUGCAGCGCGGCGAGAAGAUUGAUGACCUCGUCGCCAAGAGCGACGGUCUAAGCUCCCAGAGCAAGAUGUUCUACCAACAAGCCAAGAAGCAGAACUCAUGCUGCGUGCUGAUGUAG